AGAUGUCAGAGCACAUCUGGCCCUUUCUCUCUCCACUACAAGACUUCUAGUUUUAUCAUUAAUGUGUAAUACAAUGGUAACGCCACAUAGAAAACUUUAUCCUGCUUAAUGUUAACAUAACUGGAUUUGAUGUAUAUGUUUAUGUUUAUAUAUUUAGACCUGUGCUAUUAAAGUUCAGUCUCUGACUGGAAGAUGCAACCCAUCUGGGGAACCACACUAUUUAUCUUCUCCAACUAUUACAUCAAUUUGACAGUCUAGUUUUUAAAUGCUACAAUAGCUGUGGUUAGAAAAGUGCUGGAAGCAAAUAGCAACAUUUGAAAUAUAUCUGUGACCUCCUGGUCUCCCACAGGAAAUCAUUGUUUUGAUAAGCAGUAUAACUCUGGUGUGUUAAAAACACAUACACAAACCAAACCAGGUGUCAGCUGGAGCUGGGACAUCUCAACUGUGGAUGACUGUAAGCCGCUUGUGGUUAGUAACCAAACUGUACAGGGAGUUGGGAGGAGAGACAGACCCAUAAUAAGACAAACAACACCUCAAGGAGCUUUAUAAACCCAAAAUGGGAAAGGGGAAGGAUGUACAUGAACAUGUGUGCAACAAAGACCUUGUCACCAACUGAGAAGAUAUAGCAAGCAACAAUACAGAAUUGGGGGUGAGACCAAGGGAAUUAAACAUUUUCCAGCAUGGAGACACUUCCACCUCCAAGCAUGAAUCUGUGCUUUGUGUCAGAGCAAACGCAGCUACCAUAUAAGAAAUUUGCUGAAUGGAAAUUCAAGCUCUUCAAAGUGAGAUCAAUUGAGAAGCCACUUCCUGAUGGCAGCCAUCUGGCUAACAAUAAUAAAGGGAAAGUGGCAGCUUCUCUGGACCAAGUCAUUGAGGAAAAGACUGAUAUGGUGGCUCUGUCACAUUCACCCUUUGAAACAGACACUGAGUUGAACAAAAGCAUUCAGACAAUAGAUAAAGGUGCCUUUCAUGUGAGCCAACGAGAGGCUGAAACACACCAGGAAAACUUGCAGCAUCUCUGCCGCAUUUGUGGAGGCUCAUUUAAAACUGAUCCUUAUAAGAGAAGCCACCCAGUUCAUGGACCAAUAGAUGAUGAUAUGAAGGCCCUUCUCAGAAAGAAAGAGAAAAAGGCAACAUCUUGGCCUGAUCUCCUUGCCAAAGUUUUAAAGAUUGAUGUGAAAGGAGAUAUUGACACAAUCCAUCCUACAAAGUUUUGUCACCAAUGUUGGACUGUGAUUCAAAAGAAAUUAAGUAAUUCCCCAUAUGAAAUAUUUUUUCCAAAGAAAGGCCCAAUGGAAUGGCAGCCCCAUUCUACAAGCUGUGAUGUUUGUGGCACUUCACCCCGUGGAGUGAAGAGAAAGAAGCAGGUCCUUAAUCCACAGUUGAACAAAAAAAUGAGGAUGAUGGCUGGACGUGCUAGAAAAAUAAGGCAGAUAAGAAAUACAAAACAAGUCAAUCAAAAGAGUUUAAUGAAAAAAAUUGCCAGCUGCAAAAAGAUUCACCUCAGCACCAAGAUCCUUGCAGUAGACUACCCUUCAGACUUUGUAAAGUCAAUCUCUUGCCAGAUCUGUGAGCACAUUCUGGCUGACCCAGUAGAAACAACGUGCAAGCACCUAUUCUGCAGAGCCUGCAUCCUCAAAUGCCUCAAAGCACUGGGAAGCUAUUGCCCAGCUUGUCGCUAUCCUUGCUUUCCUACUGAUCUGGUGAGCCCUGUGAAAUCAUUUCUGAGUAUCAUGAAUAGUUUACCUGUGAUAUGUCCAGUAAAAGAUUGUCAGGAGGAGAUCUGUUUGGGAAAAUACUGCCACCAUCUUUCCAUACACAAAGAAAUAAAAGACAAAGAGGGAUAUGUAUGCAUAAACAAAGGUGGCCGACCAAGACAACACUUACUUUCCUUGACACGGAGAGCCCAAAAGCACCGUCUAAGAGAACUCAAGCUACAAGUAAAAGCUUUUGCUGAGAAAGAAGAGGGGGGAGAUGUCAAGUCUGUGUGUCUAACUUUGUUUUUGCUGGCUCUGAGAGCCAGAAAUGAACACAGACAAGCUGAUGAGUUGGAAGCUAUAAUGCAAGGAAAGGGAUCAGGCCUUCAUCCAGCUGUUUGCUUGGCAAUCAGAGUCAAUACUUUUCUCAGCUGUAGCCAAUACCAUAAAAUGUACAGGACUGUAAAAGCUGUCACUGGGAGGCAGAUAUUCCAGCCACUCCAUGCACUCCGAACUGCUGAAAAGGCCCUCUUGCCCGGUUACCAUCAAUUUGAGUGGAAACCACCCUUGAAAAAUGUCUCCAGUAACACAGAAGUAGGCAUUAUUGAUGGACUGUCAGGCAUACAACAUUUGGUUGAUGACUACCCAGUGGACACAAUUGCAAAGAGAUUCCGAUAUGAUGCAGCUUUGGCUUCUGCCUUGAUGGAUAUGGAAGAAGACAUCCUAGAAGGCCUGAAAAGACAGGACUUGGACGACUACUUCAAAGGCCCUUUCACUGUGGUGAUUAAAGAGUCCUGUGAUGGGAUGGGAGAUGUUAGUGAAAAACAUGGCUGUGGCCCUGCUGUUCCUGAGAAAGCAGUUCGAUUCUCUUUCACACUCAUGACCAUCUCUGUCACUCAUGGCAAUGCAAGCAUAAGGGUUUUUGAAGAAUGCAAGCCCAAUUCAGAGCUGUGUUGUAAGCCCUUGUGCCUUAUGCUGGCUGAUGAAUCAGACCAUGAGACACUCACAGCCAUCCUGAGUCCUCUUGUGGCAGAAAGAGAGGCCAUGAAAGACAGUGUACUGAUACUUGAUAUGGCUGGAAUCCCAAGAACAUUCAAAUUCAUCUUUAGGGGCACUGGAUAUGAUGAAAAACUUGUCCGUGAAGUAGAGGGUCUUGAAGCUUCAGGCUCCACUUAUAUUUGCACUCUUUGUGAUGCAACACGCCUAGAAGCCUCUCAGAACUUGAUCCUUCAUUCCAUCACAAGGAGUCAUGCUGAAAACCUAGAACGAUAUGAAUUGUGGAGGACCAACCCCUACCAUGAGACCGUUGAUGAACUGCGUGACAGAGUCAAAGGGGUUUCUGCAAAACCUUUUAUUGAGACCGUUCCUUCAAUAGAUGCCUUGCACUGUGACAUUGGCAAUGCAGCUGAAUUUUACAAGAUAUUCCAGUUUGAGAUUGGUGAAGUCUACAAAAACACUGAUGCAUCAAAAGAAGAGAGAAGGAGAUGGCAGUCAACCCUUGACAAACACCUCAGAAAGAAGAUGAACUUGAAGCCUAUGACAAGGAUGAAUGGGAAUUUUGCCAGAAAGCUCAUGACCAAGGAGACUGUGGAAGCAGUCUGUGAAUUAAUAAAGAGUGAGGAGAGACAUGAAGCCCUCAGAGAACUCAUGGACCUUUACCUGAAGAUGAAACCAGUGUGGCGGUCUUCAUGUCCCACCAAAGAAUGCCCAGAAUUAGUAUGCCAGUAUAGCUUCAAUUCUCAACGGUUUGCAGAGCUGCUGGCUACAAAAUUCCGUUACAGAUAUGCAGGCAAGAUUACUAAUUACUUUCAUAAAACCCUUGCUCAUGUUCCAGAAAUUAUUGAACGAGAUGGAUCUAUUGGUGCUUGGGCAAGUGAAGGAAAUGAGUCUGGGAACAAACUUUUCAGACGUUUUCGAAAAAUGAAUGCCAGGCAAUCAAAAUUCUAUGAAAUGGAAGAUGUCUUAAAGCACCAUUGGCUAUAUACCUCAAAACAUUUACAAAAGUUCAUGAAUGCUCAUAAUACAUUGAAAAGCCAAGGGUUUACAAUUAGUCCAGAAGAGGGUGGGGGAGAUUUCAUAACUUUGGAUGAAUCUUUGGAAAUUCCUGAUUCUAUGGAAUUUUAAGUAUAAUUUACAUUGAUCUUGCAGUUGAAUUGCCUUUAAUGGGGUGCAUUUGUUUUUAACACUUUUAACACUCAGUGGUAAAGGGUUCUGCACUUGAUCAAAGGCAUUUGGUGGGCUGUUCUGGAGAACAGAUUUCAGAACAUGGUGAUAUAUUUUAGAUAUCUGUCCAGCUUAUAAUUGGAGUAUGGAAAGGGUAAUUUUAUCUGGAUUUCAACUAUAUUAUGAACUUUUUUCACAAGGGGGUGAAUUUGAGAGAAUAUAGAAAGUGUGUGGCAGUGUCAGUUGUAGAUCCUAUUAAACUGUGAUUACUAAAAGAAAAAUCUUUUAAUAACUGCAAAUUUGCCUGUCCUGGUGAUCUGUUUGAAUGGUGGGAUCUUAUCUCCUGUAAUAAAUACAUAUUUCACUGCCUUUUAAAACAUUUCCAUAUUAAUAGUCACUAGCCUUUAGUUUCUAAUAUAUCCAUGGCAUUAAGGCAUUUAUAUAGGCCUAGCAGCAUAUAAAACUUUUGAGUGCAAAAAUGUUGAGUAAAUGUUUUUAACUGGGAAACAAUUUUAGACUUUAAAUGAUGCCUAAUGUUUUAGAUAUAUAUUAUACAUAAAAGUAGGUUUGUAGUAAUAAUAUUAUCUGUAAUUAUUUUAAACUCUCCUAUCUGUUGUUAAAUCUGAACUUAAGAAAUGCCACCUUGACUUCUGUUUAAGGUGUUCUUUAAAUUUUGAUAAUAGUUGGUAACUUCAUAAGUCUAAAAAGUAGAGAAUAUAAAUAAAUCAGAAUAUCAAUAGCUAAAACGCACACAUUUUGACACAGAGUAAUAUUGAGAGUAAACAAUAGAUGACAGUAAAAUAUUUGACCCAUUUAGGUCCCGUUGAUUUCUACAUAUGGGAAAAUGUGGAUCCUUGCCAUAUGCUUUCAUCCAGAGGAAGUCAGACUUGUUUAAAAACAAUAUUUAAUGAGUUAAGCUAGUUGUAUCAGAGCUUAUUUGGUUAAUGUAAUUUGAACUAGAUUUAAAUACAAUUAACUGUGAUAUUUCUAGAUUGGGAAUAAAUAGGUGAAUGUUUGGCCCACAAUUUUUUUCUGAAGAUAUAUACCAUAAUAGCUGUUAUAAAUGAAGCAUACAGCAGUUAUUCUUGACAUAUCACAGUUAACAAAUUAGCAAGAUUUUUUGGAGAUGGUGCUAAAACAGUUACACUGUAAAGUUAAUUGUAUCAUGAUUACCUUUUUUGGCUUCAUUUAUCACAUAUGACAAAUUGAUAGCUUAUCUAUAUACCUCAACGAAUUGUUUCAAGAACACUUUUCAUGCUAGUCAAAUGUUUUGAAAGAUCUAUUACUAUUCUUGUUGUGUGCUUUCACAUUUACUGGACUUAUUGUGACCACAUUCUAGGGUUUGCUUGGGAAGGCCUGCUGAGGGGACAGUGUUUUCUUGACAAGUUUUAUUGACACCGCCUUCCUUGUAAACUGAGAGUUCGUGACUUGCCUAAUAUCAGCCAUUGAAUUUCUGUGGCUGAGUGUGGAUUCAAACCCUUGUGUCCUGUUCCAACACUCAAACCUCUAAACCACAAUAUAUGACUAAUGGGCAAUAAAAAAGCAGCACUUGUGCAUUUUGGCCAGUAUGUAUUUUGUAAAUAAUUGAAACACUUACCAGGCUUCUCUCUUUUACAAAAUAUCAGCAGCUAUAUAGAGAACAUGUUGUGUAUUGAUGUCACAGUGCAAGGUUAUAUUUGACCCAUAACAUAGAAGAGAAAUAUGCAAAUACUUGCUGUAUUUCUAGAAGACUUCUGAUGCCUAACCUUUUCCUUACUGUCAUCAACACCAGCAAUCUCUUAUAGGUUUGCAAGAACUCUCAGUGAAUUCAUUGUAACUGGUUCAGCUUGAUUCAAUGUAAUCAUUUUGCUUUGACUGCAUUUUUGGACUUUGGUUAAUGUAAUUUACAUAUCUACAAUGUUGCUUAUCUAUUAGUCCUCAUUACAGUAUUUAUUAAAUUGUUCAUACACUAGGAUGAUGCCUAUCUAGGCUGUUCAAACAACUACAGCAUACACUUUUUAUUACAGUCUGUCUUAUAUUUUGUUGCCAAGUUCUGAAUAAAAAAUUCAAUUGAUGCAGUAGCAAUAAUCUUAUCUUUUAAUGUGUUUUAAACCAAUUUUGUUGUUCUAAAGAGUGUUUUCUUGUACUAUUUUUAAAAUAUGUUUUUCCAUUGUAUUUUUUAUAAACCACAUUUUAGUUGGCAGCAAUGGGUUGUAUUCUGAAUGGUGUUCCAGCGCUUUAGAUAAUAUUAUGAUACAUAACUAUUAUUUUCUACUUUUAUCUAAGCACACUCUAAGAAAGUUACGAUCAUACCAAUUUGAUCUGAUUUUCGUUUUGCAUGCAACUGGACAUGUGCUAAUAUCGGUAUGUUACCCAUCCUUCAGACCAAGGGUCCAUGUCUUCAUGUGCUUUGUCAGGAUGUUUGCUGACUUUAUAGAGGACUGUUCUCUAUAAAAACAACUGGUCUACCAAUGAAUUAUUAAUUCAUCAUACCAAGUUUCCAUCCUUUGCAGAUUUAACAUAGAUGUCACUGUACAGAAUGUACACAUCUUAUGACUCUUACAAGCCCAGCUUUGAGAUGACUUAUUGGGUGGAUAUAUGGUAAAUACGUUUAAAUAUAAACAAACCCCCUCCUCCUCCUUCUGCUUUUAAAUCAGCUCUAAUUCAUGGUGAUUCUAUCAUGGUGUUUUUUGGGGAAGAGUUAUUCAAAGGAGGUUUGCUAUGGCCUUCCUCUUUGGAUCACUUGCCCAAGGUCAUGCAGCAGGUUUCUGUAGUUGAGUAAAAUUUGAAGCCUGGUCUCCCAAAGUGCUAACCUAAUGCUCAAACCACUACACAACAUUCACUCACAUAAAUAAACCUUAAAGGCAUGUUACGGCCCAAUUGUGCAAGGCCAAAUCAUUUAUAGAAAGGUAAUGAAGGGUUUCUUUCCCCACAGAUAUCUGUUGAACAAAUCUAUUUUAAACUACCCAUAUUUCAUCAAUUUUGCACUCUUAUUGGUCUGGGAUCUACAGCAUGAUGCUUGGCAUCACAUGCCAAAUCUAUUUCCAAAAUAUAUUUUUAUCAUCUUUUCUCAUUCAGAUGCAAAACCCUCGUGCUUGAGGGUUGGUUUACAAAUAAGUGACCUUAGUUUACUGCAAUCUAAAAUCUCAAGGAUCCAAUUAAGACAAACUAAAACCCCACCCUAUGUCAAAUUUGAGAUUCCAUAACACUGUUUCCCCAACAAGCAUUAUUCUGAUAGCUUUUAAAAAACACAGUAUAGAGAUAUUGAUAUACAGUAGAUGCCCUAAAAUCAAUCAUAAUGGUAGGCUCCAGGCUGUAGUUUACUUAGCUUGUGGAUAAAUUCAGCGUUGAGACCCCAAAAUCUCAGAAUAUUCAUGCAGCCAGGAAUAUGACUUAUUAGAGCCAGCAAAAGAAAUAUAAGCAUGAGUAAGGAUCCUAUUCCUCCUUUGGAAGAAGGAUGUACAUGACUUCAUCUUUGUAUGCCCUUGAGAAAUCUGAGCACUCUGAAUUGUGCAGUUUCUUGUAAUGUGUGUGCCUGAGGAGUGCAAGUGAUGGCCAAUAUUCUCAUUUGAGAUAUUACUUUGGAAGUUGCACUAUUAGACCCCCAAGACACUUGGCAGAGAUAAUGUCAGGUUUUCUUUGCACGCACAAGCUACCCAGCACAGAAUGCUUUUGCUGUUGUUGUUGGAUUAGUAUGGGAGAUGGGGGCUCUUUAUUCUGUAUCUACUUGUUUUUCAUUUUGUGAUGGCGUUAUCUUUGUUGUUAUAUUAUGUGGAUAGAUGAGUCUGUUUAGGUGAGAAAAUUUGAAUUCAUUUGUGGUAUAAAAACGUAAUAUGCCUCAAAGUGAUUCUUUCUGGUGAAAGGGAUUUAAAAAACAAUAGGAGACAGACAAAGCCACCCAUCUAAAUGAGAAUAUGUCAUCCCUUCUCCUCCUUUAUUGUCAAGGGAUGCACCGCUACUGAACCAUGGUUGCAAAAAAUGGUUUAAAUUGUUUUUGGAGUGAAGGAGGGCUAUUAAAAUAGCUUUAAAUAAGCAGAAGUACUUACAUUUCUCUCUUCUCUUAAGAAUCACACUUUCUUUCUACUUAAAAUAGAUAUAAAUAUCUCAGAUGCUCACACUGAGUUAGGAAAUUUACUGUUGUUAAAUUAUAUUGAAACCUUGCUGUUGGCAAAACUUUCCUUUUGUUUUAUUUUAUUAACAAUGUACGUGUGAUGCAUCAGCUGACAACCUGAUUGGAUUAAAGUUAAUAUGAAUAACCGAGUGCAUUCAUUUGACUGACUGAACUCACUUUGAUUCAACUGGAUUGUGGAUUUGGAGACAGGUAGAUGUCAGGUACUAUGAUGGACAUCUUACCAAGUGAUAUCACUUCCUCUUUUCUCACUCUGUUCUUUGUUUAUUGUAUUAUAAGGGAAAUGGGUUUGAGCCAGUAAUAUUUGUCCUGUACUCAUGGGUCAGGAACUUCUUGAGAUAAUGACACCAUUAGAGAUAGCAGGUCCCUUUUUUGUAAUGGAACCAGAGUGCUGUCAUUUGAACCAUGUCCUCAUUUCUAACAUGAAAUAAGAUUUUCCAAUGUUAAACCUAUUGCCAUAAUUGUCUCUUCAUGCUAUGUUAUUGGUAAUUUUUAGAUUUUAAUAAAUGCAUUGAGCAACAAA